AUGGUCCUAAUGAAGAUGCACGAGAUUGUUGAGGCCUAUCUUGGUUCGACUGUUAAGAACGCCAUUGUCACAGUCCCCGCCUACUUCAACAACUCUCAGCAUCAAGCCACAAAGGAUGCUAGUGUCAUCGCUGGCCUGAAUACCAUGCGUAUCAUCACUGAGUACUCCAUGACUACUGCCAUUGCGAGAAGAAUAUCCUCAUUUUUUGACCUUGGUGGUGGAACCUUUGGUGUCUCCCUCGUUACCAUUGAAGAGGGUAUCUUUGAGGUGAAGGCCACUACCAGAGAUACUCACCUCGGAGGGGAGGACUUUGAUUGA